AUGGCUGCGAGCCCGAAAAUCGGGAACAGCCCGCUUGGGGGCCUCGGUAUGAUGGCAGCCCGUCCCAUCGAGCGAGGCGAGCUCAUACAUACGGAAACAGCCUUGGUCUUUUGCGAUACCGGCUAUUUACAAAGCCGAUGGUUGCUACCAGGUACUGCCAACACAUUUUUUGCUGCUCAGCGCACAGCACCGAUUUCUGUAUUGCACUCAGCUGUGGCCCAACUCGAAGCAGCGCAGCAAGGAGUAUUUCGUGCCCUGGGCCCACAACCAGGUUAUGACAACACACGGGACCGAAUUGUUCGUCGUUUCGAACACAAUGCGUACGACUUCAAUCGUGUCAACAACCCUCGCCGGAUACACGUCGUGGUGUACGAGACCUUUAGCCGUAUCAACCAUUCCUGUGUUCCGAACGCUGCUCUUGAGAUCUGGCCAAGGCGUACCCAGUUUCCAGAAGGCCAGGCCAGACUGAUAGCAACCAGAGCCAUUCCAGCAGGAGACGAGAUCUUCGUGAACUACAUGCCAAACCAUUGGAUGGAUCACCAUCAAACAAGAGUAGCAGCUUUGAACAACCAUUGGGGAUUUCGUUGUACCUGCGUUGGGUGUACGUCCCCGUUCAUACCUAUGGAUACGUCUGCCCGUAAUCUGGCAGUCAGCUGUCACGCCGCAAUCGGAGCCAUGACAGCUACAGUGACCGAGGAGCAGAAGACUAGCAGUAUCAUGCACAUAGAGACCUACAUCAAAACCCUUGUUUCACUGGGUAUAUGGGACGACAAAUUAUCUUUCGCGUAA